AUGGGCGACUGCGAUCUGGAAAUUUUCCCAAUGGGAUCUCAAGAUACCGACACGAAUGGGAAGAAGUACGUGGCCGCGCUUUACUGGGUCUUCACCACGAUGACCACGGUUGGCUAUGGUGACAUCUACCCCAUGAACAACAUCGAGAGAGUUUUCGCGGUGGGGGUGAUGAUCUUUGGAGCUACUGUCUUUGGUUACAUUGUGGGAAGUGUGGCUGAGAUGGCCACGCAUGGACGGCAGGAUCCAGCGGCCCAGUCGUUGCUCAUGAUGCGGCAGUACUGCGAGGAGCACAGCUUCCACCAGAAGGUGCUUAACUCUGUCCGGCGGCACAUUGAGUUCUGGUACCAGGAGAUGUCGCCUUUUGAUGCGGAGCAGGAGAUUUUGCAGAAGCUGCCCGUGCCCUUGCGGCGAGAGGUCAUCCUCCACAUCCACAGGCACAUAGUUGGUGGUGGCAUCGCUCUCUUCGCGCCGUCCAUGCCGCCGUGGCUUCAAGCACUGCUGGUCCGACUCCUGGAGCCACAGGCCUUCACACCUGGAGAGCUGAUUGUACCGCCCACCGAAGCGGGUAGCAGCAGCGACCUGAUCUUCGUCUACGAGGGGAGUUGUGAGGCCAUUCUCAAUGCAAGUGGCAGGCCUUUGACCCACCCCUCCACGACGCGGCGGCGCCGUGGACGAAAGAAGGAGGUGAGGGGCGUUUACCUGGGUGACAGCUAUGUGGUCAUGGAAACCUACCCCGCGGGCACCAUGCUUGGCUUUGAGGCUCUCUUGGGAGAGGAAGCGCUGCAGUCCUUCGGUUGUCCGAGCGACUGUGCCGUUCGCUGCUCUCCUGCGGGGACCUGCAGCGUUUUUGCCAUGAAGGUGGCAUCGCUCGUGGAUGCACACAGGUGCACCCCGCACCUGGGAGGGAUGCUCACCGAGCUCAUGACAUCCGUGAUCGUGACGGAGGGCCGUCGACGGGUGAAGGAACGGCAGAAAUGCGACGAGGGCAGCAGCUACGAGGUGAAGCUUGAGGCUUACCGAGCUGCGAAGCAGAAAUUUCAGGCCCAGCCGCUGCGCGCAGCAGCGGAUUCAAACUCGGAGGCUGAGGGCUUCUUUUUCGGCCUGCGUUCUCCAUGCUCGGCUCAAGCGCGGAACAGAGGUCCGCUGCUACAGCCGCCGUGCGCGGACCGAGUCCCUGAACCCACAGAGGACUUGCCACGUUUGCCGACUCCCGGAGGCGGCGAAGCAGCAACGACAUGGGACCCAGGUGGCCAAAGCCAGGGAGAACCAGCCUCUGGAGGCGAGCCAAAGGAAUUUGCAUCGCUCCACACUCCGCAGCAGGAGCCCGCAGAAAGGCACCACAUGGCGGGGACGAAUUUGCAGCCUCCGACCGAGGCAGCUAGGCCGCGUCACGACUCCGAGGCAUCAGCCACGAGCUUGCGCUAA